AUGGCGGAGGAAGUAAGUAGGAUCGCCGUGUCAGUCUUCAAACGUGAAGAAACCGGGACUUUGCCCCACAUUCAAGAGAUUCAGUGGGCACAGGUGAGGGCCGAUGUCACGAACUUUUUGUCGAUUGUGAUCCUGUCCCGGGGAAAGUGCGGUGUCACCAAAUGUGUCACUCGCUACAUGCUGGGAAUGGCAGCGGCUGAUCUCCUGGUCGUUAUCUCGGAUCCACUGCUGACAGUGACAGCGGGAAUUUAUUUUUCGCAAUCAUUCUUGUUCAUCACUCCUGUGUGCAGACUCAGGAUUUGGUUGGUUUUUGCGAGCACUGCAACCUCUGUCUGGUUGACUGUCGCUUUCACCAUCGAUCGCUUUGUAGCUAUUUGCUAUGAGAAUUUGAAAACAAAAUAUUGCACCGAGAGAACGGCGGCUGUGGUUAUCGGGACACUGAGUGUGCUGGCCUGUUUGGAGAGUGUUCCCUGGGGCUUUGCAUACCAGCAUACAGAGAUAAUGGAUGGUGUUCCCUGGGACUGUAUGCUUACACAGAGCUUCCAAAACUCCCCCUCAUGGGCGGCAUUUGAGAUGUUUCACCGCAUUUUAACCCCUUGUGUCCCAUUCUUUCUGAUUUUACUGUUCAAUAUUCAGACUGUCAGGCGGAUUGUAGUGGCCAGUCGAGCCCGCAGGGGGCUCCGGGGACAAAAGAGCGGAGAGAAUCACAAGGAUCGAGAGAUGGCGAACCGACGCAAAUCCAUUAUUUUGGUCUUCGCAUUAACUGGUAGUUUCAUUUUGUUGUGGGUAACGCAGGUGGUGUUUUAUAUCUAUGAACGGAUUUCACUGAGUUUUGUUUAUUCUGUCACAGACCCCCAUUAUAUCACAGAACAGAUAUCGGGAAUGCUGCAGGUUCUCAAUUCCUGCACCAACACGUGUAUUUACGCCAUGACUCAGAGGAAAUUCCGACAGGAGCUAAAAAAUGCGCUGAAAUACCCACUAAAUCGAAUUUUAAAUUUCAUUAAACGUUGGAAAUGA